AUCAAACGAAUAACAAAGGAACAAGCAUGGGACAUAAGACAUAUCGUGAUGUAUCCUGAUCAUCCGAGGUCGUUCAUAAUGUUGGAAUUGGAUGACGAACCUUCAACUACACACUUUGGUCUCUAUGCUGACAAUGAUCAACUGGUAUCUGUAGUGUCACUGUUCAUCGAUGAUCAUAAACAAGAAGCACAGUUUAGAAAGUUUGCUACGUUGGAGCAACAUCAACGUCGUGGCUAUGGCACUACACUUCUACGGCACAUGAUUGAACACACUGUACAACUAGGAAUCAAACGACUCUUCUGCAAUGCACGUGCCAACAAACAAUCAUUCUACAACUCAUUUGGCCUGCAAUCAAAAGGUGACACAUGGGAUAAGAAUGGCUACACUUAUUGUCUAAUGGAGAUGAAUCUAUGA